GACGGUCCGCCGCGAACCUGCCGACAAACAUCAACAAGCGAGAGGAAGACGAAGGCAGAAAGUACGCUCGCAAAAAUGCCGCAAGACACGACCAAAACCGAGAAGAAAGAGAACAAGAAAGACGAGGAGAAGAAAGAUGGCGAUCUCAAAGAGGAAUUGUCUGAAGAGGACAGACUGCUGCAGGAGGAGCUGAACAUGCUGGUAGAGCGGCUACAGGAAUCCAAUGCGGACCUUUACAAGCCAGCCCUGGAGCAGAUCCGCUCUCUUAUCCGCUCCUCCACUACAUCCAUGACCAGCGUCCCCAAACCGCUCAAGUUCAUGAGGCCGCACUACCAGACCAUGAAGGACAUACACAACAACAUCAAAGACAAUGCCCUAAAGAAGUUUGCGGCUGACAUUGUCUCUGUCUUGGCCAUGACUAUGUCUGAGGAUCGCGAAUGUCUAAAGUACCGCUUGCUGGGACAACGUGGAGACAUUGGAGACUGGGGCCAUGAAUAUGUCAGACACUUGGCUGGAGAAAUCGCACAGGAAUGGGAGACACUGGGUGAGGAUGAUGAUGCCAGGAGAGCCGAGUUGAUCAGUGAAGCCCACGUCAUUGUCCCAUACCACAUGCAGCACAAUGCAGAGGCAGAGGCGUGUGACCUGCUCAUGGAGAUGGAACAGCUGGAGCUCCUCACUUCACAGGAUUAUGUUGAUAAGGAUGCCUACUCUCGGGUGUGCUUGUACCUGACCAGCUGUGUACCUUACGUCCCAGACCCUGAGAACACCAACCUGAUCAACACGGCACUUCAGCUGUAUCGCAAAUUUGGGCAAUACCCACAGGCCAUGAGACUGGCUCUCCAACUCCAUGACUUUGACCUCAUUAAACAGCUAUUUGAUGAAUGCCCAGACAAGCUGGUGAGAAUGCAAGUGGCCUUCAUGCUGGGCCGUCAGCAGGUGUUCCUGGAGCUGCCAGAGGACAUGGAUGACUACGAAGACCUGACAGAGAUCCUAUCCAACUCCCACCUGAACACUCACUUCCUCUCCCUUGGUCGUGAGCUGGAUAUCAUGGACCCCAAAACCCCAGAGGACAUUUACAAGUCUCACCUGGAGAACAACCGACCCACCUUUGGCCCUGGCCAGGUUGACUCUGCCCGCCAGAAUCUCGCUUCCUCCUUUGUCAAUGGCUUUGUAAAUGCUGCCUUUGGAACAGACAAGCUUCUUACAGAGGACGGAAAUAAGUGGCUGUACAAAAAUAAGGAACAUGGUAUGUUGAGUGCAACAGCUUCACUUGGUCUGAUCUUACUGUGGGAUGUUGACGGAGGCCUGACACAGAUUGACAAGUACCUUUACUCCUCUGAGGACUUCAUUAAGUCUGGUGCCCUUCUGGCCUGUGGCAUUGUCAACAGUGGUGUGAGGAAUGAAUGUGACCCUGCUCUUGCCUUGCUCUCGGACUACAUCGGACAUAAAACUAUGGUCAUUCGUAUUGGAGCCAUCCUUGGACUGGGGCUGGCUUACUCUGGAAGCAACAGAGAAGCAGUCCUUAAUGUCCUCACUCCAGUUCUGUCUGAUGAGAAGAGCUCUUUAGAGGUAGUGGGCAUCACUGCUCUGGCAUGUGGAAUGAUUGCAGUGGGUACAACAAACCAGCUGGUUGUGGAGGCUCUAGUCACGACACUUUUGGCUAAAUCUGAGACUGAACUUAAGGACACAUAUGCCAGAUUCAUUUCCCUUGGACUUGCUCUUGCAUACCUUGGUUGCCAAGACAAGUGUGAGGUGGUCCUCUCCUGCAUCGAAAACCUGCCUGCCCCCUUCCGUCAGAUGACAGCCACCCUGAUUGAAGUCUGUGCUUAUGCUGGAACUGGUAAUGUUUUGAAGGUCCAGGAAAUGCUCCACAUCUGCACUGAUCACUAUGACCAAGAGGAAACAAAAUCCAAGGAUAAGAAGGACAAGGAUAAGGACAAGAAGGAGGACAAAGAUAAAGAUAAGAAAGAGGAGAAAGAUAAGGCAGAAGAAAAGGAGGUUGAUCUCUCAUCACAGCAAGCUGUUGCUGUCUUAGGUAUUGCACUUAUUGCCAUGGGUGAGGAUAUUGGAGCAGAGAUGUCGUUCCGCCAGUUUGGCAACCUGUUGCGCUAUUGUGAGCCAGUUAUUAGAAGAGCUGUUCCUCUUGCCCUUGGCCUCAUCUCUGUUUCAAACCCAAGGCUCAACAUCCUGGACACUCUUAGCAAGUUCUCCCAUGACUCAGACACUGAUGUGGCUCACAAUGCUAUCUUUGCCAUGGGUCUUGUAGGGGCAGGAACAAAUAAUGCCAGGCUAGCAGCCAUGCUCAGACAACUGGCCCAGUACCAUGCUAAAGACCCGAACAACCUGUUCAUGGUCCGUCUGGCACAAGGCUUGACUCAUCUAGGUAAAGGAACCAUGACUCUGUCUCCCUACCACAGCAACAGGCAGCUUAUGUCACCAGUUGCUGUUGCAGGUCUCCUGGCCACCUGUAUGGCAUUCCUUGAUACCAAGACCUUAAUCCUAGGCAAGAGCCACUAUCUGCUGUACUGCCUUGUCACAGCGAUUCAGCCACGCAUGUUGGUCACUUUUGAUGAACAGCUAAACCCACUCCCAGUAUCUGUUCGUGUUGGUCAGGCUGUCGAUGUGGUUGGGCAAGCAGGCAAGCCCAAAACAAUCACCGGUUUCCAAACGCACACAACGCCAGUCUUGCUUGCACAUGGAGAAAGGGCAGAGCUUGCCACUGAUGAGUACCUUCCCCUCACAUCUAUCAUGGAGGGCUUCGUAAUUCUUAAGAAAAAUCCAGACUACGAGACAUAGGUCGUGGGAACAAUAGGCUUUCGUAAACUUCACUAGGUCGCUCUAGUAUUGUAUUUUUUUAUUUCUAAUAUUUGCCCCUCUAGAUGGUAAUUUAAUGAUGGAAGGCAAGAGUAACAUUUUCCUUAAAAGUCUCUUUUCCUAUAGUUGAAUAUAAUGAAAAAUUCAUGUGAUCUUGUAAUUCAUAAGCCAUCAGCAGAUGCACCUCAGGCAAAAAAAAAUUGAAUCUUGAGAAACUUUUAUAAUAUUUAGUUCAACAUAUUCAAGUAACUAUUUUUCCGGUGACAAAGUCUGGGGUCUCUUUUUUUUAAGUUAUCAGGGUGAAGCAGAUGUCAUGUCAAAUGAAUGAGUGUGAUAUGUGUAAAAGUUACAUUUACUUUAAGGAUAUGUUUAGCAGAUUUGUAUUUAAUAAACAAACGAACUGUU